AUGAUUGAGGCUCGAUGCUGGGCGGCUUCUUGUUCGACUCUUGCUACACGACGAGGCCCACUUGGGCAUCGGGUCGACCUGACCCCGGUCUACCAGCUCGACAUCCCGGCCUCUUUGUGCUCUUCGGUAUCUGGACUUACCGACCCAGCCUGCAGACAGCAUAGUGCCUACCGAACCCGGAACCGGGGUCUCCGUUUGCCUGUGCAAUUGGGACGAGCUGAAACCUCGUGA